UGAGGCCUGUGCCUCUCCUCCAGGGAGGCUAACAGUCCCAGCGCGCAGGCCUGGGGACGCGAGGGUCCCGGGCCUGAGUCCCGCACCAUGGCCGGGGCCAUCGCUUCCCGCAUGAGCUUCAGCUCGCUCAAGAGGAAGCAGCCCAAGACGUUCACCGUGAGGAUCAUCACCAUGGACGCCGAGAUGGAGUUUAAUUGCGAGAUGAAGUGGAAAGGGAAGGACCUGUUCGAUUUGGUGUGCCGGACCCUGGGGCUGCGGGAAACCUGGUUCUUCGGGCUGCAGUACACGAUCAAGGACACCGUGGCCUGGCUCAAGACGGACAAGAAGGUGCUGGAUCAUGAUGUUUCGAAGGAAGAGCCGGUCACCUUCCACUUCCUGGCCAAGUUUUACCCCGAGAACGCGGAGGAGGAGCUGGUUCAGGAGAUCACGCAGCAUUUAUUCUUCCUGCAGGUAAAGAAGCAGAUCUUGGAUGAAAAGAUCUACUGCCCGCCCGAGGCCUCGGUGCUGCUGGCUUCGUACGCCGUCCAGGCCAAGUACGGCGACUACGACCCCUCUGUUCACAAGCGGGGAUUUCUGGCCCAAGAGGAAUUGCUUCCCAAAAGGGUAAUAAAUCUGUAUCAGAUGACUCCAGAAAUGUGGGAGGAGAGAAUCACAGCCUGGUACGCGGAGCACCGAGGCCGGGCCAGGGACGAGGCCGAGAUGGAAUAUUUGAAGAUAGCGCAGGACCUGGAGAUGUACGGUGUGAACUACUUCGCCAUCCGGAACAAGAAGGGCACCGAGCUGCUGCUCGGCGUGGAUGCGCUGGGGCUUCACAUCUACGACCCUGAGAACAGGCUGACCCCCAAGAUCUCCUUCCCGUGGAACGAAAUCCGAAACAUCUCCUACAGCGACAAGGAGUUUACUAUUAAGCCGCUGGAUAAGAAGAUCGACGUCUUCAAGUUUAACUCCUCAAAGCUUCGUGUUAAUAAGCUGAUUCUGCAGCUGUGCAUUGGGAACCACGACCUUUUCAUGAGGAGGAGGAAGGCCGACUCUUUGGAGGUUCAGCAGAUGAAAGCCCAGGCCCGGGAGGAGAAAGCCAGAAAGCAGAUGGAGCGGCAGCGCCUCGCCCGAGAGAAGCAGAUGCGAGAGGAGGCCGAGCGCACCAGGGACGAGCUGGAGAGGAGGCUGCUGCAGAUGAAAGAAGAAGCAACCAUGGCCAACGAGGCGCUGAUGCGGUCGGAGGAGACGGCUGACCUGCUGGCGGAAAAGGCCCAAAUCACCGAGGAGGAGGCGAAGCUCCUGGCGCAGAAAGCUGCGGAGGCCGAGCAGGAGAUGCAGCGCAUCAAGGCCACGGCCAUCCGGACGGAGGAGGAGAAGCGUGUGAUGGAGCAGAAGGUGCUGGAGGCCGAGGUGCUGGCGCUGAAGAUGGCCGAGGAGACAGAGAGCAGGGCCAAGGAGGCCGAUCAGCUGAAGCAGGACCUGCAGGAAGCCCGCGAGGCAGAGCGAAGAGCCAAGCAAAAGCUCCUGGAAAUCACCACCAAGCCCACGUACCCGCCCAUCAACCCAAUUCCAGCGCCGUUGCCUCCUGACAUGUCAAGCUUCAACCUCAUCGGCGACAGCCUGUCUUUCGACUUCAAGGAUACUGACAUGAAGCGACUUUCCAUGGAAAUAGAGAAAGAAAAAGUGGAGUACAUGGAGAAGAGCAAGCACCUGCAGGAGCAGCUCAAUGAACUCAAGACCGAGAUCGAGGCCUUGAAACUCAAAGAGAGGGAGACGGCCCUGGACAUUCUGCACAACGAGAACGCCGACCGGGGCGGCACCAGCAGCAAGCACAACACCAUCAAGAAGCCUCAAGCCCAAGGCAGAAGACCUAUCUGCAUUUGAGCCCUCAAACUCACCUUGCAGAGCGCCAAGUCCCGAGUGGCCUUCUUCGAAGAGCUCUAGCCGGGGACCCGCAGCCCCAGGAUCUACCGCUGCCGCCACUGCUGCUGCUGCUGCUGCUGCUCUGGCCGAUGGUCCGCCAUCGUGGGAGCCGGUGCAGGUGGCGGGCCGGGACCCCCGGGGGAGCGUAGAACUCUCCCCGGCCGAGGGGAGCGCCCACCCUCUCGUGUGCAAUGGCCUUGAACUGUGAGCCUGCGGAGGUUUCUCCCAGGGGGCACUGGUCCUCCUGACCCAAGUCUUUAAAUGUCUUCGGAAGUA